AUGGGUAUGUGGCAGCACGUUGCUACGUUAAGGCAAAGAAUAAUUGAAGAAAGAAGGUUGUUGGAGAAGGAGGAAAAUGAGAUAUAUAUGGGGGAUGGAUACGAAUGCUCUAGAUGUGGUAAGGUAUACAAGAAGAACUAUAUUUUGCGUAGACAUAUGCUUUUGGAGUGCGGUGUAGAACCCAAAUUCACAUGUGAUAUUUGUGGACACAAAAGCAAAAGGAGACAUGAUUUAGUCGUUCAUAAAAAGAGAAAACACCUCACUGAAUUGAAAGACAGUAGUCUCUACAUCAUGGACACGCAUACGUAACAGGAGCUGAAAAAAGGAUCAGAGGUAUACUGUUAGCAAACACCCGACAUUAUCAAUGCUCCAGAUGUGGAAAGCGGUACAAACAUUCUCACAUAUUGCGUAGACAUUUGGAUUACGAGUGUGGAGUUGAACCAAAGUUCCGGUGUGGUAUCUGCGGUAAAAUGAGCAAAAGGAAGUAUGAUAUGCGAUUGCACAUCAUAAAGAAGCACAUGCCAAACGCCUAGUUUUAAUCUGACAGUUAAUACAGAGUGGCCCAUCCAUGUGUGGACGGAAUAUUACUCAUAAACAAAUACAUUUUGGGAAAAUCUAUUUAUGGCGUGUUAUACAUGACAUUUGAGGGCACAUUUCUAAAAUAAUUUCAAUUAUACAGGGUGGUCCAAUUUUGACCUACAUAUCAAAGUUUUGUUUUUUAAAACGUAUAACCUCAAAUUUUAUUCAAAAAACGCGAAUUGUACUUUUUCUCAAAAAUGUCAAAUGCCCUGUAUAUUUGUGCAAAUUUUUUAUAAGCUUUUUUUUGUUAUAAGGUUUGAUUCAGAUAAAAGGUUAGGUUUUUGAGUUAUUAAGCGUUUAACCAAAAUUAAGGAAAAAAAUCAUAUCCAUGGAAACAAAAGAGAAACAGUGGGCUAGUUCCAUAUUGCCACUAAGAAUACAGAUUUGACGUGAAAACUAAUAACAAUCAGAACAGUAUAAAUCGGCUUCAAGCGUAAUAGAGAAAAUCAACUAUAACAACAACAUAAACAAACAACUAUCACUACUCAAGACCUAAUCUACAAAAACUGCUCGAAAAUAUCUCCACCAUGUUGAACACACAGCCGUAGUCUUUGGACAAAUGACCGUUGCACGUCCCUCAGCAUGUUCAGAAAGGCAUCCUUUUCCGUUCCUUUAUAUUUUCUGGGGUAGAUGGUGCAUAUCUAUAAACCUCUUACUUAACGUAGCCCCAUAGAAAGAAGUCCAUCGGUGUCAUAUCUGGUGAUCUAGGAGACCAAGAUAUAGGCCCAUCAUGACCGAUCCAACGAUUGUUACUCCAGGUGUCCAAAUAGUUACGCACACGGUUAUGAUACUGCGCAUGUGUCAUGUUGGAAGUACAUAUGUAUCCGAGUUUGCAGGUUGACAUCCUCCAAAAGCAAAGGCAAAUGCUCAAUCAAAAAAUUCAAGUAUUCUGUACCUGUUAAUCUGUUGUCGAAAAAGAAAUAACUCCUCCCCAAACAUUCGAGCUCCAUUUAUUCUGGAAAUCUAUUUGCCUAACCCAGUAAGGGUUUUCCGUCGCAUAAUAGUGCAUGUUAUGCCUGUUGACAACACGUAUGCUGUUCCUAAUGACGAAGGCCUUCAUGCAAGCAUAGGUGAUAUGGAUGGUACCUAUGCUUGUGAAUAAUCCUUGGGACAGAAGUUCUGCAUAUAUAACUUUCUGCUCCAAUUUGCCGUGCACUUAAAUGGGGAUGUUCCUGCAACUGAUUCCCCUCAUUGGUGACACUUGGAUUAUUUAUAAACAUUUUUUUUUACUAUAUUCCACUGCUCCACUUGGAUGUCGCAUAUUAGGGUACCGUUACUUAUAAAUACGAGAUGCUAGGAAACUAUUUCUUUGGGCUUCACCGAAAACGAGCACCAUACUCACCAUUUCUUGUUUAGAAAAAUUCAUUUAAAACACGGUUUUAUUAUAAUGCUCCCAAAGCUAAUUUUGACAGUUUGUAACUAUACAACAAUUUGUUACUAAGGAUGAUGCGAUAUUUUAGGAAGUUGAGCCGUUCCAUAAAAGACGUGCUAAUAACCGAAAAAAUAGCCUUAAUAACCCUUAUGUGUCUAGUAUCAAAAAAAGCUUAUAAAAAAUGUAAUCCAAACUUACACAAAUAUAUAGAGUGAUGCAUUUGACAUUUUUGAGAAAAAAUUCAAUUUGCGUUUUUGACCACCCUGUAUGUGCAAAAAUUGAAAUUCUAAAAAGUAACAAAUAAGAUAAAAGCUGAGGUGUGUAAGUUUUUUUUGAUACAAAAUUCAGCACUCCAGAAUUUCAAAAUGGCUGACUGAGGGGUUGCCGAAGUGGACGGUUUUUCUGGACAAAACACCUUACAUCUCAGUAGCUAAUUACCACAACCCCAUAGUAUGUUAUAUCAAUUUUCUUCUUUUGAAUUAGUUUAUCCAAAUAUGCAAUACAAUCUGAGGCAUUCCAUUUGAAAACUCACAACUUUGAUAUGUAGGUCGAAAUUGGGACACCCUGUAUAAUGGCCAAUAUUUUAUAAAUGUGCCCUCAAAUGUCAUGUAUAACAUCCCAUAAAUAGAUUUUCCAGAAUGUAUUUUUCAUGAGUAAUAUUCCGCCAACACAUGGAUGGGCCACUCUGUAUAGUUUGAUGUGGUUAGCCAAGCGCUGAACUGUCAUAGCCAUACCAUGAUUUGUAAAAAAUUUGCAAGUUUUGAAUGAUGAAUUCUCUCCAAACUUUUUUCGCUUCUAGGAACUUAUAGUUAUUAACAAAGCUAUUGUAAUAUAAAUUUGUUUAAAGCUUUUGGUACUCUUAUGUACAACCCAAAGCAAUUAUAUUAUUUGAAAU